GCAGUCGAGGAUAACAGGGAUGGUAGAGUAACCAUGUCUUCGUCUAUCCCAUAGCCUCUACAUCCUAUAAGGCUCGUCUCCGUAUAUCAAGCCACCACAGCCAGCACCUCCGAUGUUUGUACCCUAUACUGGACCGUCCAACCAGCGCAACCCCAAGGCACGAAGGGCUGCCAAUGCAUUCAAGGCAGCGAGAGGGGCAUCUCGUGCGAAAGGUGGCCAUGGCACCUUGCAGUGGGUGCAGGUUCCAGACUCCAGCUCGGAGGACAGCUCUGAGAGUUCAACGAACGAGACACCCAGUUCGUUAGUCAUCCGAGCGUCGAAAUCCUCGUCUUCCAGAGCGGCAGAACCAGCCCCGCUACCAAAAUUCGUGCUGGGAGGGCAAAAGUUCUACCCAUACCAUGGAAUGGGAGGAAAGGGUCCUCUCACUACGACAGCUUUGAGCCGCUAUUUUGAUAUCCUCCUUCCUGACGAUUGUAAGGCGCAAGGCAUCGAUGUCUCCAGAGGGGCAGCAUAUGGAGGCGGCCUCCUAAAGUGGAUAGCACAACAUGACGGAGUACUGCAUGGGCUUACUGCUUUUGCUCUCUGUAGUUUGGAGACUGUAGGCAAGACAGAUGCAAUCUACCAAGCAAUUCUCCAUCAUCGCCACAAAAUCCUGGAAGACGUCCACCGGCGGCUUGAGCGCAGACAAGUGGAUGAUGUGUUGAUACAAGCAAUAUGUCUGUUAAUACCGGUGGACGACUAUCUGGGAUAUGUGGAAUAUGGCCCUGUUCAUAGAAGCGGACUUUCCAAUAUAGUCAAGAUUCGUGGUGGUUUUAGGCAAGUCGGGAAUUCCGACAUGGCAUUUGGAAAUCUACUGCAAACGAGCAUGCUGGUCGUAAUGAGCAUGAUUGACUUCCAUGUGCAGACCAGAAUUGCACCCAUGUUUCUCCCGGACGAGAGACCAAUGGCCUCUAUAAGUUUGUCCUCGGAAAUGCAGAAGAGAAUCUUUGCACUCCCAUCCGGGUUUCAGACCCUUGUUCAUGCAGGGAUUCUGUCGACGAAUGUCUUGGUGAUAGUGGAGAGUUAUGAGGCCUGGCUGUUACAGGUGAAAGAUGUCGAACUCAAAGAUAGAGCCACCUGGCGACCACAACUUUUAUCAGAACUCAAUAAUGUCGAAAAGUGCGUUGUCGUGACGCUUGUAUGCUUAGCAGACGAUAUCAGUUCGCUGGGAUUCCAUGCUGCAGCGCCUAUUUUCCGAAAACCCAAGCAGCGCUCUGAGGCCCUUACUGACGUCCCUGAACUCUGGGCUGACCCAGCACUCGUUGACUGUGUGAUUUGGAUGUCCACCGUCAUAUCUACCCCGCGCAACAGCCGAAGCAUUGAUCCCGAUUUCAGAAAGGAAGUACUGAAAAGAUCCAUUCGCGGUAGAGAUUUUGCUUUAGACUGGGAACAGAUUCAGCGCAAACUCCGUCGAUUCUUUUAUGCUGAGGAACGCGCUGGUGACUGGGAGAAAGCCUGGAACCUAGCAUUAGGUGAACCGUGGCUGUUUGAGUAGUUUACUCCAUGGUGCGAUGCUGCAGUGCCGCUGGAUCGGUCAAGAUGGACACUCAUGAGUAGACUGAAACCCGGAUAUGUGUUGAAUCCAAUUUCUUGUGAUGUUUUGCGUCGUGUGUUAGCCUCAUUUCGCUG